AUGCCCAGCUACAUCCUCACUGAGCCCUCUCCCUCCACAAACGUCUUCGUACGUUCCGGCCGCGGCGGCUACGGCAACAUCUCUCGUGCCUCAAAAGACACCACAUCAUCCUCAUCAAACCGCACCGUCGUCACCCCCAGCACAACCACUACCACCCCCUCUCGCCGCUUCUUCAGCGGCAUCGGCGGAGCUGGCAACGUCCACCGCGCAAGCGAGCAGCCCUCUGUGUCUCUUGACGACGAGUACGACCGCAUUGCUGCCCGUGACCAAAUGGCUGCUGGACACGUCGGCAUUGGCGGCGCCGGUAAUGUAUUCCAUCGCAAGGGUAGCGAUGCUGGCUCGGAUGCUAGCGACAGCAGCUCCAUGAGCUCCAAGACCAAGCUCUGGGCUCGUGUCAGCAGCACUUUCAGCCGAGACUGA